AAGAUGUUCAUCGUAGAAGACAAGGGCAGCGCCAUUGCUCUCAUCUGCGCCGCCCUCCUCUUCCUCGGCACGUGGCCGGCAUUGCUCACCCUCUUGGAGCGCCGGGGCCGGCUGCCGCAGCACACCUACUUUGACUACUCGAUCACGAACCUCCUCGCCGCGGUCCUCAUCGCUCUCACGUUGGGCCAGCUUGGGGAGAGCAAGCAAACCAUGCCCAAUUUCUUCGCCCAGCUGAGUCAGGAUAACUGGCCUUCGGUGCUGUUUGCAAUGGCGGGGGGUCUAGUGCUCAGUAUUGGGAACCUUUCUACACAGUAUGCUUGGGCAUAUGUGGGUCUCUCGGUUACUGAGGUUAUCUGCGCGAGCAUGGUUGUUGUAAUUGGUACAACACUGAAUUAUUUCCUGGACAACCGCAUCAACCGGGCAGAUAUUCUUUUCACCGGAGUGGGUUGCUUCCUUGUUGCAGUCAUCCUUGGGACUGCUGUACACGCUUCCAAUGCAGCUGAUAAUGAAGAGAAACUAAGCGAAUCCUCAAAUGGCUACAACCAUGGGACAAAUGGUGGUAUGGAGCCAAGCAAACAAGGUAUAUAUGGUGCACUAGAUGAGGACAUAGAGAAUGGAGCUUUUGCAGAAGAGGCCACCAGAGCUGAAGCAGGGACUGCAGAAUACCUAAUUGAGCUCGAAGAGCGGCGUUCAGUCAAGGUAUUUGGAUCGAGCACCCUCAAGGGGCUUGGGCUGGUUUUCUUUGCCGGGGUCUGCCUCUCGCUCUUCUCCCCGGCACUCAACCUCGCCACCAAUGACCAGUGGCACACCCUGAAAGACGGCGUCCCGCAUCUAGUUGUGUACACCGCCUUCUUCUACUUCUCCAUGUCGUGCUUUGUCAUCGGUGUUGGGCUCAACAUCUUGCUCCUCUACCGCCCGAUGGCCGGCGUGCCGAAGUCGUCCUUCACGGCCUAUCUGAAUGACUGGGAAGGGAGGCAAUGGGCUCUCCUCGCCGGCUUACUUUGCGGUCUCGGCAAUGGCUUCCAGUUCAUGGGUGGUCAGGCUGCUGGUCAUGCUGCUGCUGAUGCUGUUGAGGCAUUGCCACUUGUGAGCACAUUCUGGGGCAUCGUGCUAUUCGGGGAGUACCGCAAGUCAUCGAAGAAAACCUACACUCUGCUCGUGUUGAUGCUGCUCAUGUUCAUCGUGGCUGUAGCAACGCUCAUGGCUUCGGCAGGUCGCAGGGCCACAACGUGA